AUGCAUCCGGAUCGAGUGUUGCCGAGUCAGACAAACCAGUUUUACAGUGUUGCCAAUGGACGACAGACUUCAGGAUGCGAAUGCGACCUCAUGAACUAUCAAUUGCUACGGCGUCAGCGAAGCGCUAGACAGACGGGUUCUCCAAGUGUUUCUUGGGGUGGAGUAAAAGUUUUAGCCAACCUGGAGCCUCUACCUGUUCCCCUAGCGCGGAAGCAUACACCGGCGACAUUGACAGUUGGCACGGAAUGGCACCGCAAAAGGUCCACACGCACAUCCCCCGGUCGUUGA